AUCAAUUAUGGUAACGUCAGACAACCAAAAAGAGACAUGCAUGCCAACCUUGGGAAAGUCCAACAAAGAAGAAGAAGAAGAAGAAGAAGAAGAAGAAGAAGAAGAAGAAGAAGAAGAAGAAGAAGAAGAAGAAGAAGAAGAAGAAGAAGAAGCAGCAGCAGCAGCAGCAGCAGCAGCAGCAGAAGAAGAAGAAGAAGAAGAAGAAGAAGAAGAAGAAGAAGAAAAUGACAUGUGGAAAGAGUUCUGUGCAGCUUUGCUCACACUCCAGGGCCCUAUGGAGAUGGUGGUGGUAGCGGUUCUGAUCGGCCUUGAGAUAGGCUGGACUGCAAUGAUUGCUGGCAUGGCAACAAUUAUUGUCCUUAUCCCCAUACAGUUACUUUUGGGAAGGAUGUUUACCAAACAGAGAGUGCAGAGUGUGAAAGAGACAGACGCACGAGUGAAGAUGACGGGGGAGGUUCUGGAUGGCAUCCUGGCCGUUAAGAUGUUCGCCUGGGAGAGCACAUUCAAGCGGAAAAUACAAGCGACUCGCAAAGCAGAAGGGAAAAUAAUUGAGAAGGCAGCGAUGAUCCGUGGAUUUAACGAAGCGACGUAUUUCUGCAAUUCCUCGCUGGCGGCCAUGGUCACAUUUCUUGUGAGCCAAGCAUCUGGACGCAGGCUGCAAACAAGUACAGUGCUAUAUGUCAUCACACUGCUUCAUCUUCCAAGGCUAUGGAUGGGCAGCUUUUUUUCGCAGGGAAUCGAGAGGCUCGCUGAAGUGCUUGUUUGCUUUUCAAGGCUGGAGAAAUUCUUUCAGCUUGCACAUGAUGGCAUCAUCCAUCGCACGCCGGAGAAGAGAGAGAGCAUUGAGCAUAACAGUCCGUCAUCAGUGGCAAUCAACAUAUCAGCGGCAACAAGAGGAGGAAGAGGCGGCGGCGGCGGCGGUGGAGGAGGAGGAGGAGGAGGAGGAGAGAGAGGCGCCAACGGCCAAGAUCAACUCAAUCCUCGAUUAGCGUUAAAAAUUCGAAAUGGCGCAUUUUGCUGGCGCAUUCCUGAAGGUCAAGCUACACACUCGCGGUUAGUAGCAGUGUAUCAUGAUGGACGCCAUCACUCAAAGCAGACGAUACGGACAGACGGGGUUCAUGGCUUACCGCCGAGCUAUGGAGAUGGCGAACAGGCGAAGGACAGUCACAUCAGUCUCAAGAAUGUGACGUUUGAAAUGGCCAAGGGCGAGAUUCUUGGAGUUAUGGGCAAAGUUGGAGCUGGUAAGAGCACGCUUAUUGCAGCUAUUAUGGGAGAACUACACUCUGUUGGUGGAGCUGUUAGAAGCAACUGCUCAAAGCUCGCAUAUGCCCCACAAAAGCCAUUUAUUCUCACAGGUAGCGUGAAGAGCAAUAUCAUUCUUUGGGAGCCCUGGGAUGAAGAAAAGUACAGAAGAGUGGUGCAUGCCUGUGCUCUGAAAGGAGAUUUCGCGAGUUUUCCUGAUGGCGAUGCCACCAUACUUGGAGAGCGGGGUGCCAAUUUGAGUGGUGGACAAAGGGCACGUGUCGGAUUGGCGCGAGCAGUUUACAGAGAUGCCGACCUCUAUCUGCUGGACGAUCCUCUCUCAGCAGUGGACCCUGCAGUGGGAAGGCAUUUAUUUGAGCAGUGCAUUCUGGGGUACCUCAAGGGUAAAUCUGUCAUCAUCAUCACUCAUCAGCUGCAAUAUCUGCCCAAGUGCGAUAGAGUGCUCCUGCUUCAGGAUGGGGAGAUGAAGGAUAUUGGGACAUUCGAGGAGCUUCAAAAGAGGGUAGAUAUUCAGGGCUUUAUGUAUUUGGAAGAGGAAGCCGACAGAGAGCAAGAGGUAACUGCCAAGCUCCAGAAUAAGGAGGUGGACAAUGAGAAGAAGAUGGUGGCCACAAACAAGAACCAUGGUGGCACCCGGAGGAUCAAGGGUGAUGACGGAAGCUCUAAUAAAGGAAUAGUGGUAAAAGAAAUUGGAAAGACGGGAGCUGUAAGCUGGGGUGUGUAUUGGGGCUACACAAAGUGCUUCGGAAGACUUGCUGCACUCGCAAGCUUAGCUUUGCUCUGCAUUGGACAGGCAGUCAGCGUUCUGUCCGACUGGUACUUGGCGAUAUGGUCAAUGAAGAAAGAUCAAGAAGGGCACUCCAAGUUUAUUUACAUGGGUCUCGUCUUUGGAACAUGCAUCCUAAGCUAUUCCAGAGCUGCACUAUUUUUUCAUUUCAUGUUGGUCGCCUCGUCAAACAUACAUAAGUUCAUGCUAGGCGCAGUUUUGGGAUCACCCCUUCAGUUCUUCCAUUCAAAUCCAAUUGGGCGAAUUUUGAAUCGAUUUUCAGCCGAUCAGGGCAUCCUUGACGAUAUGCUACCGCAGACCUCGUAUAAUGCUAUCCAGUGUGUCUUUAUGACACUGGGGACGGUGGUCAUGAUUGCAAUCGGUGUUCCUUGGAUUGCUGUGGUUCUGCUACCAGUUAUCCUAAUCUUCGUGAGAAUCCAGCGUUUCUACGCUACAACGUCCAGAGAGGUAAAGCGUCUGGAGGCCAUCUCGCGUAGUCCAGUGUAUGCCCACUUUUCAGAAACUAUCCAGGGUCUGCCAACAAUUCGCGUGUUUGGAAUUCAGAGAAAUUUUGAGGAUGGAUUCAUGGAGAAACUUGACCAGCACACUCGAAGCUACUUUGCAUGGCUUAUCUGCGGUCGCUGGUUUGGAUUCCAGCUUGACAGCAUAUGUGCUGGGGUUGUUUUCAUUGCGUCUAUGGCCGCUGUGGCCUCAAAGGGGCGGCUCUCUCCGCUCCUCGUUGGCCUUGGACUCACUUACUCUACGCAGCUCUCAGGUCUGUUCCAGUGGACAGUGCGGCAGUGUACAGAAGUUGAGAACAUGUUCACCAGUGUUGAGAGAUGCUUGGAGUAUAAGGACCUACGACAGGAAGGGAGGGAAUGGCUGGGUCUCUCCCUGCAGAAACCGCCUGCAGGUUGGCCUCGAUGGGGAGCCAUCAGGUUCGACAAGCUCACGAUCAGAUACAGGGAUGGCCUUGCACCAGUUCUGAAGAGACUCACAUUCACCAUUCAAGGGGGGGAGAAAUGUGGAAUUGUUGGACGUACAGGUGCUGGCAAGUCAACAUUGAUGCUGGCCCUUUUCCGUUUGGUUGAGGCGGCUGAGGGUCGUAUCCUCUUUGAUGAAGUCGAUAUUGCUGAGCUUCGCCUAGAAGAUGUACGACGAAAGGUUUCCGCAAUUCCACAGGACCCAGUGUUAUUUGGAGGCAGUGUUCGGUUCAAUCUCGACCCUUUCAGUGAGUACAAUGAACAGGAACUUUGGGACGCACUUGAAGCUGUCCAACUGAAGGAGAAGGUGAUGAACUUACAUGGGGGCUUGAAUGCAUCAAUGGCAGAGUUUGGUGGCAACUUCUCUGUUGGAGAAAGGCAGAUGUGCUGUCUUGCCAGGGCCAUCCUACAGAAAAGCAAGAUUCUUAUAAUGGACGAAGCAACUGCCAAUGUAGACCUCGAAACGGACGCCCUGAUUCAAGCUACACUCAGGGCAAGAUUCAAGAACAGCACUGUUUUGAUCAUUGCGCACAGGAUGGAUACGAUCAUCGACACCGACAAGAUCAUCGUUCUGCACUAUGGAAGACUCGAAGAACUCGGAUCGCCCGAGGAGUUGCUGGAGAGAGAGGAUGGAAUGUUCACGAGCAUGGUAAGAAGAACGGGAUCGGCGGGGGAGGCACAUCUACGACAGCUUGCAAAGCAGCAUGCAUUGGCAAGGAGAGGUCAUCGUCCUCACGCAUGGUCAUCUUCGUCUAAGGACAUAUUAACGUCUUCUUCUUUGAAGGGCGUACUUUCUUCCCAUGUAACGGCCCCACCGACCGACAGAAAUGACCGAUAACAGCUGCUAAUGCACCAGAGUUCGACCCCCAGUUCGCAACAGCCGAGAUGAAUUAUUCUAUAUCGUGUGCAGCAGGCAGGUAGGUACAUCAAAAGUGUAGUCUUUUCCCAUCGAGUACGAACAAGACGGCAGCAAGCAGGGCGGUACAUCAAAAGUGCAGCCUUUUUCCACCGAGUUCGAAUCGAACCGGCAGCGGGCAAGCACAGCCUUUUUCCCAUCUAGCAUGAAUCAACCUGGCAGCAGGCGGGCUGGUGCAUCAAAAGCGUGGCCUUUACCCAUCGAGUACGAAUUGAACCAGCGGUCAGGCAGAUACACCAAAGAUGCGGCCUUUCCCCAUCAACUACGAACGCAGCCCAUUGCAAGCAGGACGAUCCAUCAAAGGCGCGACCUUUUCCCAUCAAGUAAGAAUCGAACUAGCUGCAAGCAGGCCGCUACAUAAAAGGCGCGGCCUUUCCCCAUCCGAGUACGAAUUGAACCAGCGGUCUGGCAGAUACACGAAAGAUGCGGCCUUUCCCCAUCAACUACGAACGGCAGCCCAUUGCAAGCAGGAUGAUACAUCAAAGGCGCGACCUUUUCCCGUCAAAUAAGAAUCGAACUAGCUGCAAGCAGGCCGCUACAUAAAAGGUGCGGCCUUUCCCCAUCGAGUACGUAUGCAAGCCGCCACAUCUUUCACUUUGCUGGGGCUCGAACUGGUGGCUCCACAGGGCUACUUACGUUAUGCAUACGAUGUGGGAAAAACAAUAACUUUUCAGUUAAAAUAGGACAAUGAAAGAGGAACACAUAG